CAGCCGCUAGCCAGAGGACGCUCCCUGCGGCCUCCCUGUCCAGCCGAGUUCUUAAAAGCCGGAGUUUCCGAAGUGGCGGGGCCGAGGCUGAAGGUCGUGAUGAAGUCCGUGGUGGUUCUGCUGGCGCUCGCCUUCGUCUUCGCUGUCUUCAACAAGGCAGAUGGCCCCAAAGUCACUGACAAGGUCUACUUUGACAUCACCAUCGGUGGUGAGCCAAAGGGACGUAUUGAAAUUGGACUGUUUGGAAAGACCGUACCUAAUACAGCGAGGAACUUCAAGGAAUUGGCAACCAGGCCUGAGGGAUCUGGUUACAAGGGCUCAAUCUUCCAUCGUGUGAUUCCUGAAUUCAUGAUUCAGGGUGGUGACUUUACCAAAGGAGAUGGAACUGGAGGUGUCAGCAUCUAUGGAGAGAGGUUUGCUGAUGAGAACUUCAAGCUGAAGCACUAUGGAGCUGGAUGGCUUUCCAUGGCUAAUGCUGGAAAGGACACCAAUGGGUCUCAGUUCUUCAUCACUACUGUCAAGACCCCAUGGCUGGAUGGCAAGCACGUUGUAUUUGGCAAAGUGCUAGCUGGCAUGGAAGUGGUGAGGGCUAUUGAAGCACUUCAAACUAGAAGUGACAGGCCCAUUCAAGAGGUCAAGAUUGCUGAUUCUGGAGCCAUACCAGUAGAGACACCAUUCAGUGUGACAAAGGAGGGUGUCCAAUAAUAGAAACAUUCCUUUAUAAAAUAAUCUGUCUCGGCACAACAGCUGCUUUACAUUAUUUUCUUUCAACAAAAUCGUGGGCAAAACGGUUAAUAUUGAUAGUCGUAUUGUUACUUUAAAAAA